AUGCGCUCUAUAAACGAAAUGAAAGAAGCGAGCGGUCGAUUAUUUACGCAAAGUGCUAAUAAAUUAAAUGAAGGAAAAUAGUGUGUAAAACUAAGAUAUCUUACGCUAACAUUAUGAGCGACUUACUGGACGAUGACUUAGAGUUUCGCGGCGGUACUUUGCAACUUUCUACCGAAGUUGUUUCACCAGACACUUCGGGGCAAAAUCAAAACAAUCCCAAUCAAAGCGAGUCCAUUACAAAUCAACCUAAGGCUAAUGUUAAUCCAUCAGUGUUAUCAGGGGCAGAUUCUUUAUCAUCAUCUUCGUCAUCAUUUGCAGAUGCCAGAGAAUCUCGAGCUAAUGGUGCAACAGCAGAAACUUCAGAGCCUGCACAGCCAGUAUACCCUCGAUAUGAUAUACCAUUUGACAAAGAGAAUAUCAAAGAUUUCUUCACUUACCGCAGAGGAGUUGUGGAAAAUGCUAUUCAGGAAUGCAUUACAGGACUUUUAUUCCCUGAGGAUGGAGAGUACCUUGGUUCCUGGCUGCUUACAGAAAUCACACUAUGGGAUAACGAAAAGGAGAGGAUUGUACUCUUGACAUCUCGAUUAGUGAUGACUAUCAAAUAUGAUUUUAUCGCAAUGAAACAACUGGAGUUCAAAAAGACAUACCUUGAUGAUCUGGACACUAUAGUGAUUGGCGAGUUAGUUUAUCCACCUUCAUCUCUGGUUCCUCGCAUUAAUGGCAUCGCUACUGGUGUCACCACAGUGGUGAAGGACUGUGUGAUAGAUCGGCUGUGCAGGCGGCCAACAGACAGCGACGGAGACUCUAAACUGUUCGAUCCCAAGUAUUUUGAACCUAGGGAGCGUAAUCUCCGUGGGGUGCGACUGAUGUGGAAUAAAGGAGAGCCUGUGCCAAUGAAGACUGUUUGGAAUCCGUUCAGCCAAGAUGUGCCAUUCAUCACGUUCGCGUCACAUCCUGUGUUUUGGCAUAAAGAGGGUGAAUUAGAAGACAAAGCGACGUAUGACAUGGAAGUGUUUGCUCAAAAACUGCAGCGUGCCAUCGAGACGAUGCCCUCCUCGGCUUGCUGCAUACACCACUCGCCAAUCGUCAUCCAAAGCUAUGUGGGCCUCACUUCGAUCCUGCACAACAAGGCCAGCAUGGGCUUCUUCAAAGUCAGAGGGAAGUUUAGCUUUUAAAACGGAAAAUUCAAACUUGAACUACGGUUUUCGAAAUCUGAAUUACUAAAACGAGAAAAAAGUAUUGGUACACUGCUCAAUGCGUAUUUUAAAGGCAUGGGGCAUUUAGUUGUUAGCACAUUACGCAGUCAUCAAUCGACUGUGUGUACUGUUAUGAUGAUAAAUAAAUUGUAUUUGCAGUACAUUCCAAGCUUAUUCCUAUAAUUGUUUUUUAGUAAAGAAUUUCUGACGGUCUAUAACAAUGCUGUAAACUUAUCUGAAUUAAGUAAGCGAUAGAAAGUAUUGGUAUACUCAACGUUAUUAAAUACCCUAGAUACACCACGCGCGCUAAAACUGUGUCCCAAUGAAGAAGUGCUUGAACACACCUCAAGCACUUCUUGGUUCACAGUCACGCGCAAACC